AUGGACCGCCUGCCACCGGAACUACUUCUUAUGAUCGGAGAGCAUAUCCAAAGAAGCUCUGACUCGCAAAUCACCCUGCACUCACUAAGUCUCUGCUGUCGUCAUUUCCAUGAUGUAUUCGAAUCUAUGCUCUACCACUCUUUAUCGCUCUGCUCUUUCUCCGUCAAAUACGCUCACUUGAUUGUGCGAUUAUGGCGAGACCCAGAGAUUGCCAGCCAGGUUCGGCGAUUGAAAAUGUCCUGUGAGCCUGUAUCGGAUUACCAGGAGUCAGUGGAUCAAUUAAAAGGGGACCCUGAGGUCGCAUCCUUCAUUCAAAACGCACUGGACGAGAUAUUUACGCCCGAAGAGGUGUUCGACAGGUGA